AUGACGGGCAAGAAACGGCAGCAAUCACCUAAGAAAAACGUAGAUCUCGAACAUUUAGUUCAUCAGCGAUUACAAAUUAAAAACAAUAUAAUUCGAAUUAAAACGGGCCUUGAAGAAAAAACUUUAUCGUUUAAUCCAAUCGAAUUAGAAUGUCGAUUAGAUAUUUUAAAUUCAUAUAUUGACGAAUUAAUGAAUUGUCAGUCGGAAAUAGAAUCAAUUGAUCGUACUGACAAUUCCCGCGGUGAAUUGGAAGACAUUUGUGUUGGUGCAAAAGCAUUACUAAUUUCACAUGUCAAUAAAAGACGAAAGUCGAGUGCAGUUGACUAUUCUUUUAAGAACCCACACCAUUCACGACUUCCAAAAAUGUCUUUAUCUAAAUUCAGUGGAAAAUACUCAGAGUAUAAACAUUUUAUCAGCCUUUUCGAAAGUUUAGUGGACAAUGAUCCAAUGCUUCCAGAUAUUGAAAAGUUCAAUCAUUUGAUUUCUUGUUUAUCGGGUGCAGCUUUAGGAACAGUUAAGGCGUUCCAAAUUACCGAACAAAACUAUCCAAAAGCAUUAGCGAGUUUAAAGAAAGUGUACGACAGUAAUUGUUUCAUCUUUUUCGACAAUGUUUCAACACUUUUCGAAUUAAAAGAAAUUUCCAAACCAUCUGCGUCUUCAUUGCGAAGCAAGAUUGAUACAGUUUCUGCAAUUUAUGAUUCGCUUCUUUCAUUGGGAGAUGAAAAGAAUAUAACAAACGCAAUCAUAAUACAUUUAGUUAUGUCAAAGGUGGAUGCAAUCACAAAGUCAAAAUGGGAAGAACAAUUAGAUUUCAAUACUCUUCCUUUGUGGAAAGAUUGUGAAGAAGCUCUUAAUAAAAGAUAUCAGCUUUUUUCUGCUGAAGAAGCUUCAAGUUCAAAAUUCAAAUCUUCCGAUAAGCAAUUCAAACCUAAUCAAGAUUCAAGUCGUUUCGAAAAUCAAAAGUCUUCAUUUGCUUGUGUAAACACGCAACAAAAUAAAUCCAAAUGCAUAUAUUGCAAAUCAAACGACCAUUACAUAACAACGUGUCAAAAUUUUACUUUAUUGCCUGUCCAACAAAGAUUCGAAUAUGCUAAAGGUGUUCCAAUUUGCAUUAACUGCCUUCGAAAAGGACACACAGUUUCGAAAUGCAAAAUGAGUCGAUGCAGCGUUUGCAAUCGAUCUCAUCAUACAUUACUGAACCAGUACGAAUCAACUUUUACUAGUUUACCGACACAAGCAUCAACAAGUUUUCAAGUGAUAAAGUUAUUCUUGCCACUGCAAUCGUGCAAAUAA